UGGAAGAUGAAAAGUUGGUUAUGACCAGAUGAAAGGAAAUGUGAAUGUUACAUAGGGAAAGAAUGUGAGUGAAGGAGAUGAGUGAGAUUGUGGAAGAGUUUUUAGCGUCUUUGGCUGGAGGUAGGCAGCUUGGUGUUACUAAGAAUGCACUUGUGAAAAGGAGAGUUUUGUUCAGAAAGGUUCAGAAAUUAAUGAAGUAUUAUACAAAAUGAGGCGAAUUGACAAAUCUAAAAGCAAAUUAUUUUUUUUUGAAAAAUUGGAAGAAAUUUGGGGGGGGUUGAUGAAGAUGAUCAGACCCCGUAAAAUUGUGGAAUUUGAUUUCAGUUCACCUUGUUUUAGAGAUUCACAUUUGAAUGAUAAAUACUUGUUCAAAGGCAUCAGACUAAUGCCAUUUGUUGUCAAUAGACUCAAAAUUGAAAAGUUUUUCAUCAGAAAUUACCAUCUGAGAAAGAUCUUUGUUUCCUCAAGGAAUACAAGGAUGAUAAUGUUCAAGAAAUGCAAAAUUGAUACGACCGAAAUAAAGCCACUCGAUAGCUUUAAAUUUCAAACACUCUUUCUAUACUUCAAAGAUUGAAGUGGAUGGUUCAGUCAGGAUUGGAAAAAUGACACCAAUUUCAUAGAAGCCUUAAUUAAAACAAUCUCGACUUGAGGGUUAAAGAACUCUCUGAAUAGGAUCUACUUCGGAAAAACCUCAUUGACAGAGACCCAAGUUUUAGAAUGGUUAGAGGCUUAUUCCCUCUACGACGUGAUUAUCUCCAUGCUCGACUUCACUUGUGACGACUCUAGAGAUUACGUUCUCAAAUCUGAGGACUCAAUUCCACUAAAAGAGAAGAUUCUGACAAAAAGCGAAGGCAAAUGUUUAAUUCAAUAAGUUCAUUCAAUCAAAAA